AUGAUCAUCACUAUUCUAUUGGCUUAUGGUGUAUCCUGGUCGGAGAUGGGCGCGUGCAAACCACUGGAUGGUCAGAGUUACAUACCGAACGACGGCAUUCAGGCGGCUAUGUGUGAUGAAGGAGUCGAUAUGGGCUACUAUAACCCCUUUGCAGCUAUGCUCCUCACUGAUAGGGACACCUCAGUGAAGUGGCUAUUCUCACCUCGACUAGGCGAAGCGGAGUUCCCACAGGGACAGUUGGCGGCUGCUGGCUUCAUCAUAUUCUUCCUCACUCUACUAACAUAUGGUGUUGCCAUCCCUGCUGGUUUGUUUGUCCCCAACAUCAUGUUGGGUGCCUGCUUUGGUCGACUCUUCGGUCUGUGGGUCGGCGACUGGGCCUCCAACCCUGGUGUGUACGCUGUUAUGGGCGCUGCUGGUAUGAUGGCUGGCUUUACUCGUAUGACCAUCAGUCUUACAGUCAUCGUCAUCGAGCUGGUUGGAGACUUACGACUGCUUCCUGCAGUGAUGGUUACUGUAGUUGUGUCGAAGCAAGUGGCUGAUAUGUUCAACAAGGGAGCGUACGAUAUAGUAUCUGAGCUCCGUGGGUACCCUUAUAUCGAGGAGCUCAGUAUUUACGAUGAACGUAAUAUGGCUGGUCGUGAUGUAACCUAUCGGAUGUCAGCGGCGCCCUUGUCUGGUUUUGGCGAAGUUGAGAGUCUGGGCAGAAUCCAGGAGGUGCUCUCGAGCUGCACUCACAAUGCUUUCACUAUUCAGGAUCACAGUCACAGGCUUCUAGGUGUGGUGAUGCGGUCCAACAUCGUUGAUUGGGUAAAGGGACAGGGUGGUGUCGUCUCGGCUAAUACUCGACUGAACUUGCUCGAUCUCACGAACCGCACCCCGACAAUAGUGUCAGAGCUAACACCAUUGGCUCAAGCCUAUACCAUAUUCCGUAAUUUGGCUCUGCGACAUAUGAUUGUGGUGGAUAAGGACGACGCUAAUCGUGUGGUUGGUAUAGUUACUCGGAAGGAUAUCGUUGAAAGCAUGGAGGAUGCAGCUGAGGAUUAUAAUAGAUCCAAAGAUGGUGAUGAUACCAUGUCUCAACGUUCCUCAACGGCAGCAGCCUCUGUUCCCUUGAUGGUGCCUU